UUUAACCACUUCCAGUCCGGACACUUUCCCCCCCCCCCCCCCUUCCAGUCCGGACACUUUCACCCCCCUUCCAGUCCGGACGCUUUCCCCCCCUUCCAGUCCGGACACUUUCCCCCCCUUCCAGUCCGGACACUUUCCCCCCUUCCAGUCCGGACACUUUCCCCCCCCUUCCAGUCCGGACACUUUCCCCCCCCUUCCAGUCCGGACACUUUCACCCCCUUCCUGUCCAGGACAUUUUACCCCCUUCCAGUCCAGACACUUUCCCCCCCUUCCAGUCCAGACACUUUUCCCCCCCUUCCAAUCCGGACUCUUUCCCCCCCUUCCAGUCCGGACACUUUCCCCCCUUCCAAUCCGGACACUUUCCCCCCCUUCCAGUCCGGACACUUUCCCCCUUUCCAGUCCGGACACUUUCACCCCCUUCCAGUCCGGACACUUUCCCCUUCCAGUCCGGACACACUUUCCCCUUUCCCCCCCUUCCAGUCCGGACACUUUCCACCCCCUUCCAGUCCGGACACUUUCAACCCCCUUCCAGUCCGGACACUU